UCCUCCUCCUCUCGCCGCUUCGCUCGGCGCAGUUGAGUUCCCCCCCUGUUUAAAAGGCUCCUAGCAAUGCGUUUCCCGACGCGGACAUGGAGCUCGGUUCACUGCGCCCGUCGCUCCCUCGUCUCCGCUGCACUUUUCGUUCUCUUAUUAAAAUAGAAGUCGCGCGCGCGCGCGGAACGAUUCCUCGUUUUCCUCGCGCACGUUCGUCCCGGCGGCAUCGAACUUUAAUAUUCCAAUUCGGUGGAGUUUUUUUUUUCUUUCUUUUUUUUUUCUCGCACAAUCUGUCUUCUGUGUUGGAUUAACCCCUUUUUCUUUUCUUUUUUUAAAAAACAAAUAUUCCACAGUUUUCUGGUGAGUGCGUGCACGCGUAUUGAUUAACCGCCGCGGCUCUUUCUUUUGGUGAUGAAUUACCCGAUAAAUAAAUAGAAAGUUCGAAAUGAAAUCCUUUUUGACACGUAAUAAUCCACUCUUUUCAUUGCAUUAUUUGGCGUUUUUUGUUUGUUUGUGGGUGUAGUUUGGCCUGCGUCACCCAGAGUUAACAUAUGGCGUAAAAGGGGAGCACAGCUGGAGGUAACGUUUCCAUUGCGGUGAUGUCAGAGCAGCUGACUCCACAGCUUGGAGUGUAAUUAGCAAACAGAGCACCGGUUUACUCGCUCUGCACAGCUCUUAUUUCAUUUUUGCUUCUCCUUCACGUUAUAGCCUCGUUUCCCCCGGCGGACGAGCCGCUGCCAUUCGUUGGUCCUCGCGUGUUACCGUGAACGCCGCUGGGUUGUUUUUUUAAUUUUUUUUUUUUAGCGUGCGAUUGGAAACGCGCCGGUGCGCCGCUUUUCUUCCGCAAAUUUGAGGAAGUUCGGGAAGUAUAGGCUGUCUACGAGGACCCUCAACCCCCCCCCCCCCCCAGAAGCCCCCAAAACCCCCCAAAACAAAAGAAUCCUCGGGUGAAAUCUGGAGAGCGGUGUCGGUGAUACCUGGUCGUGGGCGCAGCGGCGCGCGUCCUGCACCACUGGAAAGAAUGUCGGAUUUCUCUUCUCAAGUUGCACAAAGUUAUUGAUGUGUAGACCUUUCAGGUUAUGAAGGAAGAAUGGAGUUCCCAGAACAUAGCCGCCAGUUGCUGCAGUGUCUGAGUCAGCAGCGUCACCAAGGUUUCCUCUGUGACUGCACUGUUCUCGUCGGGGAGACUAAAUUCAAAGCGCACAGGGCCGUGCUGGCCUCCUGCAGCAUGUACUUCCAUCUCUUCUACAGGGACCAGCUGGACAAAAGGGACGUUGUGCAUCUCAACAGUGACAUUGUGACAGCCCCGGCUUUCAGCCUGCUCCUUGAAUUUAUGUAUGAGGGGAAGUUGGAAUUCGGCUCUCUGCCGGUGGAGGAUGUCCUGGCCGCGGCCAGUUACCUCCACAUGUAUGAUAUAGUGAAAGUGUGCAAAGGAAAGCUCAAAGACAAAGAACUCUCGUCUCCGGAUGAAAAGACGGGCGAGGGUUUUGCACUCGGCUGUCUGGACAGGGAAACUUCCUCCGCAGGCAAGCUGCACAGUAAGCAGCUCGUCCGGCGACAGGCGCAGGCAGCGUCUCAGGGGCUUCACAGGGCCCCCGCCCCGCCGGAGGAGUUUGACAUGGACAACAGCGAAGUCAGGCGGCCUGUCACAGACUGUGAUCGGUCCACGCGCAGCGGGCAGAAGGCAAACGGUCACUCUGGCAGGUCCCCGGACCUUGUAGGUGUCAAUUAUUUGUCAGCAGAGGCCGAGCCCUGUGUCCAAACAGCUGGAAAAACAAAAGCCGAUGUCAGUAGUUCCACCGUAUCGCUGUCCCAGAGGUCCCGGGCUUCAGAUGACAUGGACUGCGCGCUGGAUUUGUCUUUCAAGCCUCUGUCUAGCGGAGAUCCCUUACACCCCUCCUACGUCUCGGGACAGCUGGCCCUCGACAGCCAGCAGCAGGGCACUGAGCCACUUGUUAAAGACGAACACGACUUGCUGUCAGAGCAGGAGGACAGUGAGCCGAUGAGCCCUGAGAGCCAGCGCUUUGGGAAUAGUGCCAGGAGCUCAGUGGUGACAGGGUUCGCUGCCCUCUUCCCAGGCAACAACGGCUCCACAGCCGCCCUGCUCUCCCAGGAGGAGGACCUGAUGGACGAGGAGGGGGAGGCCUGCAGAGGGAGGGAGGGCGCCCCGGGCCGGGAGGCGGAGGAGAGGAGGGGCAGGCUGCUGGGGGACAGCGAGGAGGAGGAGGAGGACGACCUGGCCUCCUCCGACAUCUCCACCUCCAGCGGGGUGCUCCUGCCGCCGGGGCAACAGGUGUGCGUGUGCCCGCUCUGCAGCAAGGUCUUCCCCAGCCCCCACGUGCUGCAGCUGCACCUCAGCGCCCACUUCCGCGAGAAGGACGGCGCUCGCUCCAAGUUGUCCCCCGACGGCUCGGUCCCCACGUGCAUGCAGUGCAACAAGACCUUCUCCUGCAUGUACACGCUCAAGCGCCACGAGCGCACGCACUCCGGGGAGAAGCCCUACACCUGCGGCCAGUGCGGGAAGAGCUUCCAGUACUCCCAUAACUUGAGUCGGCACGCCGUGGUUCACACGCGCGAGAAGCCGCACGCCUGCAAGUGGUGCGAGCGGCGCUUCACCCAGUCCGGGGACCUCUACCGCCACAUCAGGAAGUUUCACUGUGGCCUUGUGAAGACCCUCGCCAUUGGAUAAAGCGCCUGGCGCCAGUGCCGGGACUUUUCAUUCAUUCGCCGAGUACUACUGCUGAACACUUUCCACAUUAGCCUACAGAUGAUGCUGGCAGUUUUUUGUUGUUGUUUGUUUUGGAGACGCAUCUCUUUGGAUUCUAACCCCCACGGGGCAUUUGUCAAAUUCAAAGUUGUAGCUACGGUAAAACUGGAGCUGUUCUCUGUGCUGGACGGUGUCACCGGGCCUUUGUGGUGAUCACAGGCGGAUAGAUAUGGGUGCUGUGAACCCCCCCCACCCCGAGACGGAUCUGUGUCAACGAAGGUGAACAAAUCUGAUGAUGCAAUUGCUUGUUUCUGUCUUGUUUGUGUCACUUUAUUUGAUGAGUGUGUUUGCUGGAAGAAAAAAAAAAAAGCAUCCCAAUGUUCAUACCUUUAGGCAAACGGGCGCUAGCUAAUGCUAACAUAUGUUGAUAAGAUCGUAAGAUGUGAGAUUUUUAUUUGUGCACAUGGGAGAUCCGAACCGUCCGUAAGUAGCAAUAUAUGAUUUUUAACUCCCGCAUUAUAAUAAUAAUAAUAAUAAUAAUUUAUUUUUGGGGGUAUUUGUCUAGUCCUUAACAAGUAAACUAUCAUAAGGCAGCAAAACUAAUGAAGUUUGACUACUGGAAGUACAGCUAUUUUUCUUUCAUGGAAGUAUCAUUUUUGUUUGGUUGAAAUGAAGUUGGGUGCAGAUUUAUGUUCAUAACGAGAGGCGAGCAGACGUCACAUCACCAGAGCUCCUUUUUUCCGCCUGGGGGUCGACUUACCAGUGAACACAUAUCGACGGAAAGGCCUUCUAAUUUGCUAUUUGAAAAGAAGUAACGUGAUCACAGGAGGGCCGGAGGGUAGUCAAAAAGAUAAUGUCUGUAACACUGGUGCCUACUGAAAUUCUUAACACUUCACCCGGUGUACUUACUUUAACAGGAAUGAGAUCUCACAGCGCCUCCUUGUACGAAUGACUGAGUUUUCAGGCCUUUUUGAAAGACUCUGGAUUAAACGCCACAUACCAGGGGGUGACAACGGCGAUCCCCUGAUCUGGAAUCCAAGAGUGUCCUUGAUUUGAAUAACUUACAAGAAUGCAAUUAAAGUACGUACAUCAAGG